UAUAAUGUGUAGAGCAAGCGGGUCACAUUUUCUUCCCUAUCCAUGCCAUUUUAGGAAAAUGAAAAUCCCUGCAGAUUGAAGGAAACUAUAGUGGAAACCUGUAUUUACCCAAUUGUGCGGAUGGAGCGAUUGCUCUGAACACAAAGAGAUGUGUAUGAGUUUGUUGAGUGUUUAGUCCAACUCUUGACUUUUCCUUCUGGUUGAGGAAGAGAGGAUAUUAACAAGGGUUUUCUGAAGAAAGCACAAUUGUAUUGUUUUCUUUAAUCAAUUAAAGAAGAAGGGAAGCAGGAGUAGUUCUGUAAAAAGAUGAUAUCAUCAAGUGUAUCCUUUUCAAUCUCCUCCUCUUCUUCCUGUGGUCUUUUUACACCACUUCUACAAUCCCCAUGGGGACAUCGCAAUUGCCGAUACCUCCAUCACCAUCACCACUGUCAGCAGCAGCAGCAGAAAAGGAGGUCUAAGGGUCCCAAUAUACUAUCAUGUCUGAGCCGUUCUCCUCCUCCUCCUCAAUCACCGGGCAAAGAGGAAAUGAGUGAAAAGAAAAACAAUACUACAGGAAUUCAACUCUACUCGGAGAUUGAAAGAUUGAUUACAGAAACUGCAAGGCAGUCCCAAGGUGGUUGGGGGAGUACUUCACGAGGAGAUUGGACCGAAAUUGAGGGUGCAUGGGUUCUAAGACCAAAAAACUCGCCACCAACAUCAGUUGUCCACUUUAUUGGGGGGAUUUUUGUCGGUGCUGCUCCGCAGCUCACGUACCGUUACUUUCUUGAGCGUCUUUCAGAAAAGGGUAUUUUAGUAAUCGCCACACCGUAUGCUAGCGGGUUUGAUCACUUCUUCAUUGCAGAUGAAGUGCAGUUCAAAUUCGACAGAUGCCUUCGGCUUUUACAUGAUACUGCAAAUGACCUUCCGACUUUUGGUGUUGGCCAUUCUUUGGGAUCUCUAAUCCACCUUCUGAUUGGCGCAAGAUAUGCUGUACAAAGAAAUGGAAAUGUUUUGAUGUCUUUCAACAACAAGGAAGCUAGCUUAGCUAUUCCAUUAUUCUCCCCAGUCAUUGUUCCGAUGGCGCAAGGCUUUGGUCCAGUUUUGUCUCAGCUCACAUCAUCUCCCACCGUGCGGCUAGGGGCAGAAAUGGCUAUGAAGCAGCUACAGAACCUUAGCCCUCCAUUAUUGAAACAAGUAAUGCCCUUGGUCGAGCAGCUUCCCCCCUUGUACAUGGAUUUAGUUAAAGGAAGAGAAGAUUUCAUCCCAAAACCAGAAGAAACUCGAAAACUGAUAAAGUCAUAUUAUGGUGUCUCCAGAAAUCUUCUAGUAAAAUUCAAAGACGAUGCGAUUGAUGAAACUUCAGCACUUGCAAAUGUUCUAAGUUCCGAUUCCACCAUUAAUUCACUGCUGGAUAUGUCAAUUCGCUCAUUGCCUGGAGAUCAUGGACUUCCAUUGCAACAGGCCCUCCCAGAGGUUCCGCCGGCAAUGGCAGAUGCGGUGAACCGUGGAAGUGAGCUUUUGGCGAAUUUGACUGCGGGAACGCCAUGGGAGACGGUGGGUAGAGAAAUGGGCAGCACACUGGGAGGGGAUUCGAAGGUUCUCCGUGCACAAAUAUCAAAGGAUGUUGACCUGCUCGUGGAUGUGAUAAUAUCGUGGAUAGAAUCAAACUCAGCCCCAAGGCUUUUAAAGCCUUGAUUCUUGGAGAGAAUAGAUUGAUAAUACUAAUACAUAGCAUCAUACACGUCUUAAUUGUAAUGUGGUUCAGAAACUUGCAGCUGAAUGAAAAAUGGGAGGACAGAAAAGACGCCCUCUGGACUAUGGAGAUAGAUGUGUUUAUUUUACCAUACAUGUAUGUACAGAACUUUGUAAAUCUGAUAGUUAUGUAGAAUCAUCAAUUACCCUCGGUCUCAGGUUCGAGAUAUGAUUUUUGAGU